GGGAGGCAUCAGUCACAAGCUACCAUCAGUGUCGCUGCAUCAAUACGCUACAACAACGCUAUAAAUCAUGACCCGGCUCUAGUCUAGUAUAGAUCGAUGUGAUAACUGCAAGUUUAAAAAGGUUCAUCGCGCUAUAACCGCGUUGGUUAAAAUGAGGAAAUAUCGUAGAACUCUUAGACAACGUCUGGAUAAUAACCGCAAAUGGGCAUAUCAGGAAAUUAUGGUGGAAGCCCUGGUUGUUCUGUGGAUUGCUUGCGAAAUCUCUGCCAAGUUGGGUACCCGAAUCUAUCCGCAAUGGCGAACAACACGCGUUGAUCCUAGCAGAAUGUCGGAAACGGGAAAGAAUCUUCUGCGUCUCGUUAAUGGAGAAAAUGGAUGCGUCUGGGACAGCAUGGUUUCUACCUGGAAACAGUCCGCUCCCAUAACAACCGCAUCUGAUGAGACCACAGGCGUCGUCACCAGUACAACUCGUGCUGUUGUCGGCUACGUGGCAACCUUCGCUGCUAUCUGCACAACGGCUAUCUUGGGUGUGUCCGUCGGGCUGUCCCUCUUCGUCAACCGUCACUGGCGAUUCCCGCGAUUCACCCAGCAUCUCCCGUGCUGCCAGCGCAUCACAGCGUUCUUCGGCUACGACAAGAACCGGCAAGACUACUGGGCCGAUUAUAAAGACCCAAACGUUCCGCGGAUUGUCUUUUUACUGCUCCACUUAGUCCUGUUGGGAGCCAAUUUUGCCUGCUUUGUCUGGGUGUGGCUGGCUGUAUGCGCUCUGCCUGUAGUUUCGGUAUCGCGAAUGCUGGUACUGGUCACCAUUAACAACCUGGGAGAGGAAGCGACGUUCCCGUGUUGGGUGCUGUUCGUAUGCGUUCUGAGUGUUCACUGUACCGGACGAAUCUGGGGAGUCUGGAUGCCGGAAUGCUAUUCGACACGGAUACGAAAUGAAACCCGCGCGUUCAGCAAAGACAAGCUUCAGAGCGAUUUUCGCACGAAACAGUCCAUGCCUCACAGGCUGUUGGGAGCCAUGCAGACGACAAACGACAUGCCACGAAAGGAGAAGCGAGCACGGCGUGGAUGUUUCCUUUCCUACACUGCUUUCGUGGUCGCUUUGGCCUGCAGCGCUGUUAUCAGCAAUACGCCCAGUCCGCAGUUCGCGUUGCCUGACGACAUUUUUAGCACACUAAUCAAUAGCACCACCCUACACGCUCCGGCUGCUAACUGGACCAAUGGGACACUAAUGGGACACAAUGACACAGAGUCCUGUCUACCCAGUCCGAAAACGCGCUUUACGGAGACCCAAGCAAUGCUAUCGUACUGGGUAAAUUUCACCUAUGAUGGACAGAACACAUCGAACGCUAGUAUUAACACUGAGCUGUUGGCUAGUUUUUCACCGUCAUUUUCGCCGGUGGUGGAGUGGCUCUUUAUGUUAUGGUGCUUCUUGUUACUGCUAAUUAGCGGCAUGCCACCCAUACUGUUGGGUUUACUGGAAGUAAUAGUCUUAGGCGGACUCAUCGCCAUCGGACUGAUUGGUGUCACCGUAGUCCUGGCAAUCGUCGUGUGGCGCUAUGUCUCUCGAUUUCUGGUGGCCGUUUUUUACCGCGUCUGGUACGGAAAAAGCCGAAGCAAGUGCCGACGUUACGGCCAUUGGUUCGACUUUGAGGCAGACCAUUUAAGGCGGGCUAGCGGUGCACCCGACCAGCCUGAUUAUAUUUGCAAGGAGUGCGGAGAAGAAUUUUUCCAUGUCGGAAUCACAGGCUGCUGUAACGAAGCUACGGGUAGCGACGAUCGUGUCUCUUCUGGCGUUGUAGACUCCCAGUUAUCAAUCACCGACACGACGGGAACGAAUCAUCCGGCGUCACAGUGCGAUGCUGACGAACAGCAGAGCAAUAUCACUGCCGAGCGGAUGGUGCUGGAGGCGUCGAAGGAUCGUACAUCGAAAAAGGGUGCAGCUGCUUUUACUGCGAUUGAUUGUACCGCGAUGAGCGCUUGCCCGCCGUUCUGCGUUUGCUCGACGUGGGCGUCCCUUCAAUGCGCCGCCAUCAGCCUGACACGACAGAUGUUAUGCUGGCUCUGUCUGCCCUUUCCCAUUGUGGGAUUCUUCUUGCCGGAGCGGCUGCAGCUGCCUGGUUUACUGCUAUUGCUGACGGCCUACAUGCUGUGGAAUUAUUGGGAGUUGAUCAGCGUUUUGUGGUGGAAUUCGAGAGAAGAGAAGGCUGAUGAAGCCGCGGAGAAACGUGCAAACGGUGGGAAUCAGGAGAAAAAGGAGAAAGGUGAUGUCAGGAAGAAAUGCGCGGGAUCCUGGCUCGUUAUGAAAGAUCGCACUGGGCGCUACUGUGAAGGCCCUUGUAUGAAGUUUUCAGCAAGCUAAAGAAAUCGUCUCGAUACGCAGUUUUCUUGGCAUACUUACCUUCGGCUUUGCUCUCCGUGAUGUCUGGCAUGUUGCCCUGACAUGCCCACCUGUGACCGUGCUGAAGUUUACGUUAUGCGCUAGCGUUGCGGCGGGCUGCUGAUGCCGAACACCUGCGUGAUUCGUAAAUCGACCGCUUC